CAUCUUUUUUCAUAAAAGUGUGGCUAAGAUGUAUACUUUCACCUUUAAUCUCUUUAUCUUUGAUUAUUUUGGUUCUGCAUAAUCAGUUUAGCUGGAGGUUUGAGAAAACAUCUGUGGUGGUACAAUCAGAAGGAGUUUUGGGGGGAGCAACAAUUCAUAGAAAUGGAAUUGUAUAUUUGAAGCUCAUUGCAGAAAGGAUAUAAUUGAUGAUAAGGAAAAUGUAAGAAGCAGGUGCUUCUCUGAAUUUUUCUUAAGAAGCAGAACCUGAUCUGGCAAAUUAAGAUUUAUUGUAAUAUUCUAAAAAUAUUAUUUCAGACUCUGUUCACACAUUCCCUUUCAUGUUAGAGAUUUUCUUUUGUCCCUUUAACAUGAUGAUCUUUAUUAAAAAGCCCCUUGUAGGAUGACAUUUGUGAAUGAUCUUUGGAUUGGACAUCUGUGUUGAGUUUCCCUUUCUGGAACUCUGUCUUCCCAAGUUUUCUAGUACAAGCAGAAAACUAUUUCAGUUCAAACUACCUUUUUUACUCGGAUCAGAGGAACCUAGAAACCGUCGCCACAGUUGCAAUAUCCAGGUGGGUAAUUGCUCAGGAAAAUGAGCCAUCCAGGGGGUUCGCCUCUGGGCUCAACAAGUCGCUAUUGCCAACAGAGCAGCUGAUUCAAAAUCAUAACCUCCUUGGGGAGGUGGUUGCAAUCCAUGAUAAACACUGCAGAUGAGCAAAGGUAAAGGAUGACUGCUGUCUUACUGGGAUGUUUCAGCCCUUUCUUUUCCAAAGCAAAAGGAGCAGCUAGAGGAACACAACACUGCAAAUGGAUGUAAACAAGCUGAAUAUCACAUUGCUUCGGAUAUUUCGCCAAGGAGUGGCAGCAGCACUGGGACUGUUACCUCAGCAAGUUCAUAUCAACAGACUCAUUGGGAAGAAGAACUGUGUGGAACUGUUUGUGUCCCCACUGAACACGAAGCCAGGAAUUUCUGAGGCGCUCCCAUCGGAAGAAGUGCUGCGUUCCCUUAAUAUCAACAUUUUGCAUCAGAGUUUAUCCCAGUUUGGAAUAACAGAGGUCUCCCCUGAGAAAAAUGUUUUGCAAGGCCAGCAUGAAGCAGACAAAAUCUGGAGCAAAGAAGGAUUUUAUGCAGUUGUCAUAUUUCUCAGCAUCUUUGUCAUUCUAGUGACUUGUUUAAUGGUUCUGUACAGGUUAAAGGAGAAGAUCCAGUUGUCAUUAAGGCAGGAGAAGGAAAAGAAGCAGGAGAUCCACCUCUCACCCCUUCCCCUGCAGACAUCUCAGACUGAGUAUAAGACCAACAACAGCAUGGUCCAGCCUCAACAGGCUCCAAAGGUUAUCAAUGUUGUAGUGGACCCUCAAGGCCAGUGUGUUCCUGAGCUUAAACCUCCCCUGUGUGCCAGUCCAUCUCCUUUCAGAAUGAAACCUGUGGGACUCCAGGAAAGACGAGGAUCCAACGUCUCACUGACUUUGGAUAUGAGCAGCUUGGGAAGUGUUGAACCUUUCGUCACUGUGCCAACCCCACGAGAAAAAGUAGCAAUGGAAUACCUGCAGUCAGCUGGCCGCGUCCUGACACGGCAGCAGCUUCGAGACGCAGUUGCGUGUUCUCAUUUACUUCAGACAGAAUUCAUGGAAAUACCAAUGAAUUUUGUGGAUCCCAAAGAAAUUGACAUCCCGAGUCAUGGAACUAAAAACCGCUAUAAAACAAUUUUGCCAAAUCCUCUAAGCAGAGUGUAUUUGAAACCAAAAAAUCCAUCUGACUCCUUGAGUACCUACAUAAAUGCUAACUACAUUAGGGGAUAUGGAGGUAAAGAGAAGGCUUUCAUUGCAACUCAGGGACCCAUGAUUAAUACCGUGAAUGAUUUCUGGCAGAUGGUUUGGCAAGAAGACAGCCCUGUCAUUGUUAUGAUCACAAAGCUGAAAGAAAAAAACGAGAAAUGUGUGCUUUAUUGGCCAGAAAAAAGAGGAAUCUAUGGGAAGGUUGAAGUCCUUGUUAACAGCGUGCAAGAAUGCAAAAACUACACUGUCCGUCAGCUUACAAUAAAGCAAGGGAGUCAGUCCCGCAGUGUGAAGCACUACUGGUACACAUCCUGGCCGGACCACAAAACCCCCGACAGCGCCCAGCCUCUGCUGCAGCUCAUGCUGGACGUGGAAGAGGACAGGCUGGAGUCACUGGGCAGAGGGCCUGUCGUUGUGCACUGCAGUGCUGGUAUAGGAAGAACUGGAUGUUUUAUUGCCACAGCCAUUGGUUGUCAGCAGUUAAAGGAAGAGGGAGUUGUAGAUGCAUUGAGCAUUGUCUGCCAGCUACGAAUGGAUCGGGGUGGAAUGGUUCAGACCAGCGAGCAGUAUGAAUUUGUGCACCAUGCACUGAGUCUGUAUGAAAGCAGACUUUCUGCAGAAGCUGUCCAGUGAAGCCGAGGAGGGUAAAACCAAAUGUCAGUCUCUUGAGGUAAUUUGUUUCAUUACCUACCAGCAGCUUCUUCAAGAAGUUUACUGCAGUGGGAAAUACGGCUUUGAGGCCGACUUCUGAAAGGAUUAUGGACGGUUUGACAAAAGCACAGAGAUUGCUGGACCCUUACUAUGUAUGAAUGUAUUGCGAGCUUCCCAAAAAUGAUUUAUAAAGAAGGUACUGUACUGAAACUACACAUGGAUUUUGUGUAUGUAUUUAAAGGUGGGUUUAAUUCUGUAAUGCUGAUAUCUGCCAUAUGGAAUGUAUGUAUGUGCUACUGCUGCAGUCAGAUGGACAUUGGGACUUCUACAGAAGAAAUGUUUAACAAGUGUAUAAAAGCUUUGACGUUUGCAAACUGUCUUGUGAAUGGACUGUCAACUGUACUGUAAAGUGCUAUUACUGAUUAUGUGGUGAGCUUGUUUCUUGGCCACAUAAUAUUCUUGCUGCUAAAAUUGCAAGUGUUCAACUAUGGAUUUAAAAAAAAAGGAGAUAAUAAAAAAUUUAAAAUCUUGUUUUUGAAAAUAUUCAAAAGCAGUUAAUAUUUUAUAUGGAAAUAAAUGUUCUUCAUCCUAUUAACUAUUAAAUGUGUACUUACUGUAGGUCUUACAGAGCAGUUGCAGAGCACAAUGUCUGUUAUUCAGUGUGUAUGUAUUUACCCUAAACUGUUGAUUGUCUUAGAACAUGCUUCUGCUACAGACCUGAAUCCAGUGUAUUUGUAAAUUGUGUAAGUCAUUCUACUUUUAAAAGAAACUUUGUAGCAUAUUAAAUGGUAAGGAUUUUAAAUAUUUGUCUGUCUUUUAUUAACACAGAAAUUUUUGCAUAUGUUGUUUAUCUGCUCUAUUUCUUUCAGUAAGAGAUAGAUGCCUUUAGUGAUACGGACUCUUCCAUGACAGGUUAUACAAGAAAGAAAAUGCUGCUAUGACUGUUUCCUUUAUUGCUCAGUAAAAGUUUGUUUUUAAGAGGUAUGCAAAGUUGGCAUUAUGGCUUACAGCACUGGGAGGUCUGUUUACAGGGUGUAAUGAGUUCUUAAUGCAGUGAUGUUGACUUUGCUUCAUACUGCUAAUAAAUUACCCUUAAUAUAAAA